UAGAGGAAAGAAAGAAAAGGAGAGAAGCGAUGAUGAGAAAAGAUAAUAGAAUGAAUAAGGAAAAGAGAGAGAGAGAUCAAGAAAGAAAAACAAUAUAUUAUCCUGAAUAAGAUUUCCUCAGGAUGCACAUGGUGAGCACUUGCAAUCAUUUAAAGAAUAGAAAGACAAACAGCAAAAAAGAAAGAAAAAAAGACAGAAAGAAGAGAAUAGAAAAGUGGAGGUUAAAGGACGAAAUACCGUGAGAGCGGUAAACAAAGAGAGAUAAAGAGGAGACGAGAGAGAGAGGGGAGGGAGAGAGGGAAGAGAGAGAGAGAAAAAAGGGAUAAAGAAGAGAAGGUGCGAGAGGAGCUGAACGAACGGGCGACCACGUGACCAUCGGGCGGGGGUGGCAGGCGACAUUUCGCAUGCUCAGAACUCCACAGGCCGUGGCAUAUUGCACACAUACGGCAGUGCCCGCCACAUAUACGCACAUCUCUAUGUACUCUACGCGCCGGUGAAACAAUGGUAACGAAUACGUCGUGAAGGAUCCACCGAAAAAACAAAUCGAAGGAAAUAUCAUAAGCGCGAAAAAUUUCUUUCGAUUUUCGACGAUCGCGACAAGUGGCAUAUUUUUCCGGCGGGGUGCAGCCCUCGGACGCGAACGGACGGACAGUGAUCCUGUGGCAGGAGAGAUCUGCCGCACGCAACAUCCAUCCACAGUCUCCACAAACUCGAAACGUAAACGUCGACUGAUCGACGCGGAUAUUAUCGUGAUUCGACGACGGUGUUUCCUCUGUACUUUCUGCGUGCGUGUGCGCGCGUAUAUGCCGGGCGGUGCGCGAAACGUAACGCACAGACAGGGUGGACCGUAGACGAGCGACGAUGUUUCCGUGGUCGCGGAAAGUGCGAGAAAAGUGAAUUGACAACAUUAUAGAUGUGCGUAUCUUGAUACGACGCAUUUACGAGCACCUAAUACGUACGCACAUCCGCACGCGUUACGUAGUCCUGGGAUAAUGAUGCUGUUUUCGGGAGGAAAUCGCCGAAGGCUUCCUUGAACGUGCAUUACUCCCUCGAAUCUGGAACGACGAGACGCAAGGCGUAAAAGUGAAAAGGUGAUUUAUGUCAUACAGAUAGAGUGAUAUGUUAACCGAGGACAAUGAUCCGACAAAACCAGCAGGGGUUUUAGACAAUGCUGGCAACGUGUCUUCCUCGACAGAAGCCUCGGUGCAGCAUCCUCGCGCUGUAAAUAAUGAGACCGAAGUUAAAAACGAGGUGCAGGACUGUCCGGAAAACGAUAGUGUCCCCAGCGGUGAACUCUACAUCGACGAGAAUGCCGAGGAGAAGGAGCAGGAGUAUCCGGAUUCGAUGGAAAAGGCGGAUUAUGGAUCCCUGUAUGAUGCCAAUCAAUAUUACAACAGUCUAUAUAACCCGCCGCCUUACGGAUCGACGACAGUUUCAAAAAAUGCGAGCUUGCAGAGCACGCACUACCUAAACUCUUACACAUCGUCAAGCUCGAUGACACAGUAUACACCUUAUGCCGGUUACAACAGCGGGACGACAACAUUUCCGAAUGUCGCGCAAAAUAUAUCAUCGGCUACUCAGAAAUUAGAUUAUAGCGCUUAUAGCAGUAGUUUGUACGGAAACGACAGGGUACCGCUACAGUAUUCCGGAUAUUAUCCUGUACCCGGUUAUCAUGCGCCGCCGACCUCCUUCAACAUUGGCAACAUCAAUUUUGCUGAAGAUUCAACAAAGUCCGCGCUCACGGUGGACCCGACAACGCAUGAUGCGAGCGAUUUAACCGCACGGGAAACGGCAAAUAUCGAAGUAGCGACGACGAAGCCAUGCAGGCGCGGAAGGAGACAGAGCGGAAGCGGAAACAGUAUCGGUUCCGCAGACACGACGGAAGCCGGCCCCGAACGUAUAUUCAUUUGGGACUUGGACGAAACCAUAGUUGUGUUUCACUCAUUGCUGACCGGACAAUUCGCCUCGAAGCACCGUAAGGAUCCGCUUCUUUUAUCCCAAGCGGCGUACAGAAUGGAGGAGAUGAUAUUCAAUUUGGCAGAUACGCACUUUUUCUUCAAUGAUGUCGAGGAUUGUGAUCAAGUGCACAUAGAUGACGUUUCAUCAGACGAUAACGGACAGGAUUUGUCCUCCUACAACUUUGCGACUGACGGUUUCCAAUGUGCGACCGCAAACAAUGGGAUAUGCCUGGCAUCCGGCGUACGAGGCGGCGUCGAUUGGAUGAGGAAACUUGCAUUUCGUUAUCGCAUAAUUAAAGAAAUCUAUUCCAAAUAUCGCAACAACGUGGGCGGUCUAUUGGGCACGGCCAAGCGCGAACAGUGGCUGCAGUUGCGUUCCGAGAUCGAGGUGCUGACUGAUAAAUGGUUGACGUCGGCUGUCGAGUGUCUCAACAUCAUCAAUAAGAGGGAUCACUGCAUCAACAUCCUGGUAACGACCACGCAGCUGGUACCCGCGCUCUCCAAAGUCUUGCUCUUCGGUAUCGGCGGGAUAUUCCCUGUUGAAAAUAUAUAUUCGGCCUCCAAAAUCGGAAAAGAGAGCUGUUUCGGUAGAGUAGUUGCUCGAUUUGGGCGUAGAUGUACGUACGUAGUAAUAGGUGACGAUUCAGACGAGGAGACAGCAGCACGAGCACAUAACUUUCCCUUCUGGAGAAUAAAUAGCCAUUCGGAUACUCAAGCCCUGUACAAUGCCUUAAAAAUGGGGUUCCUUUAAUCAAAAUAAAAAUACAUAUAUAUAUGAAGAGAGAAUACACAAGAUCAGAACGCGGUUUCGGUUAUAAGAAGAGAUUACAUUGCGUCUAAGCAAGGAAAACCAGUGACGAAAUCAUGCUUAAUUGUAUUUCUCCUUUUCCCUCUUUUUUUGAAACAGUUCUUAUCAUUUCUAUAACUUAUUGUGUAUAAUAUAUACGUAAAAGGAAGCUCCACGCCUCCAUGUCAUGGCUAUAUUCGCCGAUAUCGAAAUAUUUCACAAGCUCGAUAGAACGUUAACACGUUCGCAAGUGAUAUAGAAAGUAAUAUGAAAGUAAGAUUUUUAGUGAUAACGAGCGGAAGUUGCAGAAAAAAGUUCGGAUACAUAAAAACUUAUACAUUAUUCUUUCGGACUUUUGACUUUAGCAACGGCUCUGUAGUCACACGUGUACUGUAUAAACUAAAAUCUACGAAAAGUGUAUAUAUAUAUGUAUAUAUAUAUAUAUAUAUAUAUAUAUAUAUAUAUAUAUAUAUAUAUAUGUGUGUGUAUAUAUAUAUAUAUAUAUAUACACUCUUCUUUUAUGUACUUAAUUAUACUACAUCUGGAUUUUUUGCAAUGACGACGAAAUCAAACAAUUUUUACUAAUGUACGAUAAUAGAUUUUAUCAGAGACCAAUGAGUUUUCAUUACGAUUUGUUCGCCACCAAUAUCAUUUUUAACAUGAAUUAAUAGUUAUUGUUUGCUUAAUAAUUAUCACGAUACUUUUACACGUAAAUUUAUUACAAAAAGUUAAUUUAAGAGUUCGAUACAUUUCCAUUUUUAUUUUCAUAAAUGGCUCACGUUCAUAAUUUCUACAUUCCUUUAGCUUGUAUGUGGAUAUAAUUGCAGAUAUAAUUAUAAGCAGCAUUAUUUAUAUAUAUUUUGAAAGUAUCCAUAUCAAUUAAACAUUACUAUAUGCUCUUUACUAGAUAUAAAUACACACAUGCUCUAGGAAAAGUAUUUAUAUAUAUUUGUAAAAAUAUUAUAUAGUUAUUAUCGCGUAUUUUGAACUUGUACAAGGCUAUUUGAGAAACAGAAAAAUGCAUUAAUUAAUAUAAUAAAAAAAGAAACGAAUUAGUAACUGCUAAUUACGGUUGAUAUCGUUACGUGUAAAAAUAGUUUAUAAAAAUUUCUGAAUUAUAUCGUAUUAUUCGUUAACAAAGCUAUUAAUAAAAAUAUAAUUAAAAAUAUGAAAUAGCGUUUGUGUUCCAAAAAAAUGAAAAGUUAAGAUUUAUCA